CGCGCGUCUGCGCGCCCGCGAGUCUGCAUCAGCCGGCCAGGUCGCCGCAGGGCACGCGGACAGACGAUCGUGGCUCACGCGCCACCACCGACGGGCACCUCCUCUCCGCGGCGACGGAGCCGGUCGGACCGACGUCGCAGGCCGCUCUGCCAACCACGGAGGAUCGAUCCACGGACCGCUCAUUGGCUUGCUGGCGGCCGUCGGGUCCGGUCACGUCGGACGUCGCCCGCGGGCACCGGCGACCAAUCAGGAGUCGGGUCACGCAGCUGCGUCGCGGCGCGACGGGAACAUGGAAGGGUGCCGGCGGUGACCUGUCUGUGCGUGAGCCGACGAAGCCGGCGCUGUAGUCGGCUGUUUGCCGGAGAGUGUGACGGAAUUUUCGCCGCUGGGAGGUGAGGAGUGUGACAGCACGUGGCCAAAGAGCGACAUUUUGACACCCCGUGACCAAGGAGCGGCGUUGUGACACUCCGUGUCCAAGGAGCGGCAUUGUGACACUCCGCAACCGGAGUGGCGGAUGUGACCUUGACGUGACUAAGGAUGCGGGUGUGUUCUUCGCGUGACCGAAAGCGGCUGGACGUUUUCUUCGCGUGAUCGACGAGGGGGAUGUGACCUUUGUGUAGUCGGAGACCGAUGCCUUCGCGUGCCGUCUGGAGGAACGGAAUCACCCCGUCGAUCUGUGACGCCGCUUCCCUCCUGGUCAUUUAAGCCGUUGUGACGCGUACCUUCCCUGCUGACAUCAGCGGCACGUCGGCGAGAACGUUUGAGAGCAGUCGUGAAAACGGCAGCGAACGUUUGGGAAACCGGUCUGGCGGCCAUAAAGGCGGCCAUCGGGGAACCUUCGGCGAACACAUCGGGCGGCCCCGGUGAACCAGCCAGAGAACCUCCGGUGAACCAGUCGGAGAAUAUCCGUUGGAACAGCCGGAGAACCUCCGGUGAACCAUCCAGAAAGCCUCCGGUGAGCCAGUCAGAGAACCUCCGGCGAACCAGCCAGAGAACCUCCGGUGGACCAGCCGAAGAACCUCCGGUGAACCAGCCAGAGAACCUCCGGUGAACCAGGGCAGGGAACCCCCGCCUCCGGCGCAGUCAUCAGUGAACGCUUGGCCGUGGGACCUUCAGCGACCCACCAGUCACUUACUGGUGACUUUACCUGACGUGCCGUGCGUUCGGCUGUCUCAGCGACCCCUCAGAAGAAGCGAGGAACCUGUCAGAGACCCCGCCCGAACUGCAGCCUCCCGGAGCCAAGCAAAACGCACCGCAUUGGCCCCGUGUCAGCCCCCAAAGUGACCACCGCGAACGUCCCUGAUUAAUUCCCUGGUGUCUCUGCAGUAAUUCCUGAAGUGGUUCCCGCACGCGGCGACAUCACAAACUCCGCCGGAGAGUCUCCCCGGCGGCGCUCGGUGGCGCCGCCCAGUGUUCACGUCAACGCACCCAUGUCUGCGUCGCUGCCGAGGGUCUGUGUGCUGGCGGCUCUGACAGCCUGCGCUGGCGGGAUAUGGCUGCCCGAUGACGUCACUCCGCCGCCGGCGCGGCCGUUCAGCUCCCACGGAGGCGACAUCUUGAAAACCGGCGACGUCACUCAGCAGCCACGACAGCCAAUCAGCGGCGCUGGCGGCGGCAGGCCGCAGGGCGAGCCUCGCCGAGAGCCUGAGGGUAGCGGCAGGACGUACGACGACGAGGCCGACGUUUCUGAUGACAUCAUAUGGGCCAUUGAACGUGAGGAGGAACGGGUGAGAAAACUGGCGGAGGAUGUGGGUCUGUUAGACGUGGAGCUGGGGUUUGGAGAACCGAAGCAAAUCGCCGAAGAUGCAGGAGGAGGAGGACGUGCUAAGGACGGUUGGCAGAGCGGGCGCGAGGAAGGCAGGGGUGCGAAGGACUCAGAGCAUCGCCCACAUAUCUUGGAAAAGGUAACGCCCGUCAACGCGGCUGGCGGCAGCUCAAGACUUCGCCCUGCCUCCGACGACGACCUCUUCUUCAGUACUGAGUUGAGUGGCCAGGAGGUUGAAGCUGAUGUCAAGGCUGAUGCACGGGAUAAAGGGUAUACCGGGGUCGAAGAUAUCGCUGUGCGGCCUGUGAUGCCCGUUUCUACUGCAUCGGCGACGAUUUCUAACGCCCGAGGAUCCGCACGUUCUCCGACACCAGCUUUAUCGACUCUCUCCCCAACCAUACGAGUUGCCAGCAGUCCUCAAACCCCGGCAGCCGAGGGUCAAAGUACGUUCAAAGACGUGAGGAUCAACUUCCUGGCUGACGGCUUAGAUGAAGCCGAGAGCAGGACCAGCUCAGUCCUCCCCACGAGAGCAGCAAUAACGAGGACCACCGCCAUCACCCUCACUACUGCCGUCACCGCCGGCGCGGCUGAAGACGCGGACGUUGGCCACGUGGUCGAAGCCGACGAUGCCGGAGCCGACGACAUCAAAGCUCCCGACGCCUUCGACGUCUCCAAAAACUCCGACGGCGCCAGACCCAACGCCGGAGCCGACGUCGCAGCUGACGACGGCGCCGGCACCGCCCCCAGCACCGCCUCCAGCACCGUCAUCCCCAGCACUUCGCCGUCGCCUUGCCUGCAGCGGUGCCAAGCGGAGCUGUCGGCCGCCCAGCUGACGGUGGAGCCGUCCCUCCUGCCAGUGCUGCUCGGCGGCAACGCCAGCCUGGAAUGCCGCCUGAGCGGGCGCUCAAAUCAGAGUGCCGAGCUCGGCUGGGAGUUCCGGCCGGCCGGCGGUGGCACCCCCUGCCCGCUGGGCGACGCCGCAGAGUGUCCGGAGUUCUCGGGCUCGGUGGAAGCACUCGGCAAUCAGAGCGACGUCGUGUCCAGGCUGACGGUCGCCAACAUUACAACCGCUCGCAGCGGCCUCUACGUCUGCGAGGCGCGCGUCUUCUGCUGCGGCGCGGCCGCCGCGCCGCCGUCGCCGCUGCGCCGCUCAGUCUGGCGAUGA